AUGGCCAACAAUGCGGCUUGGAAGACAUCCGAGCGGAGCGAGGCCAAGUGCAUUUUCAUCGAUUUGGGCGCAGCUGAUGGCAACACCUUCGCCAAGUUCAUUGAGACACUUGGGCGGCAGCUUUUGGGGGGGAUCAUUCAGUCUUCCAUCGUCACCCCGAUCCAAGCUCGAUGGUAUGGUCGCUGCUGCAGUCGGGGCGCCGAAGCCUUGAACUCGCACCUUGAGACUGGGGGGAGCGAAGAAGAAGAGAACGACUAUGGCCCAGUGAAGAACUGUCCCAAUGGCAAGUGGGAAGCCUACCUUGUGGAGGCCAAUCCACAGUUCACCAAGGAGUUGAAGGCCUUAGAAGAGAACUUCCCCGGUCAGGUUCAUUCCUUGGCAGAACAUGCCGCCUUCUCCUGCGAGGGUACCACCAGCUUCUUUAUCGACGUGGACGCCAGCCACAACCACUGGGGCUCCAGUCUCUACGGCGACGCUCCCGAUGCGGUGAAGAGCGGCAAGGUCCAAGUCACGGUACCCAUGAUCAACAUCGUCCAGUUGAUGCUCGGGCAUGGAUUAAGUCUAAGUUCAUUCUAUGGUUGUUCUGAAAGGUGCCAAUGUUAGCUGAUGCUCCCAAAUGCAUUGCAAGAUCUCAAGUGCCUGCGCAAGCCUCGCCAUCGCAUGCCUCGUGAGUGCGUGCUACACGUGUUCUCCGUUCGGAACCCGAGCAUCUCAUGGCGAGGGGGGCGGGCUCGGCGGGCUCUCCUCAUGCGGCAGAGCUCUGCUGCCAAGUUGACGAACCCUUUGGGCAGCGUGUUCAGGUGUCCUUCUUUACCGUGCACAACAAGAC